CAGCCGACUGCUCCACCGCACUGGGGAAGCGGGUUCCACGCUCAGCAUGGGCGACCCGGAGCCGGAGACGGAGCAGAUCCGUCUGAAGUGUAUCCGUAAGGAAGGCUUCUUCACGGUGCCUCCAGAACACAGGCUGGGACGGUGCCGGAGCGUGAAGGAGUUUGAGAAGCUGAACCGCAUCGGGGAAGGGACCUACGGCAUUGUGUAUCGGGCCCGGGACACGCAGACGGAUGAGAUUGUCGCCCUGAAGAAAGUGCGAAUGGACAAGGAGAAGGAUGGGGUCCCCAUCAGCAGCCUUCGCGAGAUCACGCUGCUCCUCCGCCUUCGCCACCCAAAUAUCGUGGAGCUGAAGGAGGUGGUUGUGGGAAACCACCUGGAGAGCAUCUUCCUGGUGAUGGGCUACUGUGAGCAGGACCUGGCCAGCCUUCUGGAGAACAUGCCGACACCCUUCUCCGAAGCCCAGGUCAAGUGCAUUGUGCUGCAGGUUCUCCGGGGCCUCCACUACCUACACCAGAACUUCAUCAUCCACAGGGACCUGAAGGUUUCCAACUUGCUCAUGACGGACAAGGGCUGCGUGAAGACAGCGGAUUUUGGUCUGGCCCGGGCCUAUGGCAUCCCCGUGAAGCCAAUGACACCCAAGGUGGUCACUCUGUGGUACCGAGCCCCUGAGCUGCUGCUGGGGUCCUGCACGCAGACCACCAGCAUCGACAUGUGGGCCCUGGGCUGUGUCCUGGCCGAAUUGCUGGCCCACAAGCCCCUCCUCCCCGGCACGUCUGAGAUCCACCAGGUGGACCUGAUUGUGCAGCUGCUGGGGACGCCCAGUGAGAACAUCUGGCCGGGCUUCUCCAAGCUGCCGCUGGCCAGCCAGUACAGCCUGAGGAAGCAGCCGUACAACAACCUGAAGCACAAGUUCCCCUGGCUCUCGGAGGCCGGCCUGCGCCUGCUGAACCUGCUCUUCAUGUACGACCCCAAGAAAAGGGCAACGGCCGGGGACUGCCUGGAGAGCUCCUACUUCAAGGAGAAGCCCCUGCCCUGUGAGCCAGAGCUCAUGCCCACCUUCCCUCACCAUCGCAACAAGCGGGCCACUCCGGCCACCUCUGAGAGCCAGAGCAAGCGCUGCAGGCCCUGACCACUGGAGGCCCCUGCCUGCCAGGCUGACAGGCUCCCAAGAUGCAGCUUGACCCUUUGCUGGACUCACUAGCUGCUUCAGCUGACCACACGUGUUCCUGCUGCCUCCACCCACCGCUGCCCCAGAACCAGGGGGUAAUUCCGGUGGUGCAACCUUGGGCUGGUCCCACCCGGCCUGCGCUGGCGCCAUCUGGUGGCCUCACCAGGUCUUGCCCACUGCCAUGCCCUUGGCUUGUAGAAGCUCCAAAAUACCUACUGGGCUCAUCUCAGAGGGUGUUGCUAGCUUAGCAUGAGCAACCUCUCAGGGAUGCUGUGCCCUCUCUUGGUCACCACGGUCUUCCCAGACCAGGGAGAAGCUGCGGUGACCCCUGGGCAGGGAUGGUGGGACCCAGUGACCAAGGUCUGGGCUGUGACCACCGGGGUACCAGAGCAAGGCCCUGGGCUGGGGGCUGAGCCCCAGAAAGGAACCGCAUGGUUGGAGCAACAGGAACACAGAGAUAAAAGCUCUCCUGACAGA